UAGUUCUUUAAUUUAUGUUAAUAAAAUAAUAAUGGCUUCACAAGACAAGUUAGUUAAAGCUCUAGAAGCAUUACGGCUGUCAAUAACGUUGAAUGCACAAAACAUAGAUUUAACAGUGAAAAAAAAGGAUAAAGUAGCAAAUAUUUCAAUAAUAGCUGAUACAAUUUGCAAUACAAAUAUACGCAGCUUGCCUAAUUUUCCAAACUUAUUGAGCGUUACAAUAGAAGUAUUUCUUCAAUUAUGCGACGAUCCAGAAUCAGACGUACGAAUGAGUGCCGACGAAUGUUUAAAUCGAAUAAUACGGGCUAUGUCAGAUGGUCAUAUUGCAAAAAUCCAAGUUGAAUUACACAAAGAAAUAAAGAAAAAUGGUUCAGCAAGAACAUUACGCGCAGCUCUUUCGCGAUUUGCGCAAUUAUGUCAUUUAAUUAAACCGCAAAAGGGAAAACCUUAUAUUCAGAUAUUGGUACCUUGUAUAGUUAAAAUUGCCACACGUGUAGAAGAAUCGGUCCUAGAAACGUUAGAUCAAAGUUUGGCCAAAAUUAUGACUGCUUUAGGCUGUUUUGCUUCUGAUAAUGAAAUUAAGACACUUCUACGAACAUUUCUACUAAAUAUAUCUCAUAUAUCAGCAGUUGUUCGUCGAACGGCAGCAAAUAGUAUGAUUACUAUUUGUUUGAAUUGUAGAAAACCUCAAGUCUUUAUUACUUUCGUUUUGAAUACAAUUCUAGAUUUAAUUAUUCCAACACGAGAAGACGUUUCUGUUUCACUACUUCUGGGUAUUUUCAGUUGUUUGCGUUGUUUUCUACCUCAUACAAAUGUUGAAUCUCGUAGUGAAGAAAUGCAAGGUAGUUUCGGUGUACGUAAGGAUCAUCAAAAUAGAACUACUCAUCAUUCAAUUGGUGAUCGAUUUAUUCAAGUGUAUGAAUUGUGUUUAUAUUAUUCUGUACAUAACGAUCAUAAUGUAAUCAAUGCAGCUUUAGAAACAUUACAUACACUCUUAGAUAAUCCUGGUGAAAAUUUAUUGGAAAUUUUAUUAUCACCCAAGGGUAUAUCACGAAGUCGAAUCACACCAUUGGAUGGACAAAUCAACUUAAAAAUACGAUCAUUAAGUGAAAUGAGUGUUGCUGUAUCUGAAAUUCAACAAGAAGAAAGCUUUUUGCUAUCAAAUGUCACCGAAAAAUUAUCAGCACCUGACGUAGAAAAUUGGAUUGAAACUUCAAAAUUAUCUCAUUCAGAACUAAAAGAUGUAAAUCCUACUCAAUCAUUUGAUCGUCUUUCUUUAAAUAAUUAUUAUGAAGAUGAUACAAAAGAUGCAGAAGCAGAUACCGAAAACAGAAGUUUAACGAAUCUAGAUGAAUAUAAUAAUUUAUUUAUUCGAAAUAUUAAUGACAAUGAAUCCGAUAUAUCGAAUAGUACAAAUCGUGAAUCGUUAGAUAUUGCACAUGAUUUUAAAAUUGAUGGAACCUCACAAACAAGAAAAUCAUCUUCAGGUGAUAUAAUCGACGAACGAGCUAGUUUUAAAUCAACAGAAGAUUUUGAUAAUAAGUGUGAUAAGACACCAUGUCCAUUCAAAGAUAUUAAUAUUGGUGAAUUCACCGACGAAGCAAUUCCAUUAAAUUAUUGUACACGCCAUUUAAUUAAAUCACAUUUAUUAACUGGAUAUCCUAAACAAUUAAUACCAGACGGCAUGGUCCGUGUGUCAGUGAAAUCGUUAGCAUUAACAUGUUUAUCCAAAAUAGUUCAAUUGUAUCCAGAUGUUUUAGCAUUGUAUUUAGAUAAGUCAUUUUGUGACAAAACUAUUAAAACAAAUAUAAAUGAACAACCGAUUUGUGAUAUAUUUUUGUAUGCGAAUCAUCAUGAUCCACAAAUACGUGGAAUUGUUCGAAUUCUUGUCGCUUCAAUGUUAAAAUCAGUUUUAUUACAUAAUAAUGCCAAUUAUACACAAUGGUUACAAACAGUUGCAAACACUCACAAUUUGGAAAUCAACACUUUGAAAUUAGAGUUUAUGAUUGAUGUUUUAAUUAAGGGCUUGGAAGAUGAAUCAUCAACCUGUAACAAACAAAGUUUAUUAGCAUUGAAAAUUUGUCUAGCCGAUUUAUUGGAAUCGCAGAACAGUAAAUCAGUAAUUCCAAUAUUGAAUGCAUUGCCAGUGGUUGUGAAAAAUCCUUACUGGCUUGUAAAAGUACAAUUGGCAGAAGUUUUACAAGAAUUGCCAUAUAUAACAAUAUUCUACGUAACAGGCAAUAGUGAAUUUCAAGAUAAAGUAUUAUAUAAUGUUUUGUAUUAUUUAUUGGGUAAUGAUGAUUUGCGAGUCCGUAAUUCAGCAGCUAAAUCUAUUGUUAGAAUAAUUCCACAUUUAUUUUAUAAGAAGGAUCAUCCGCAUAAUUUACCGAUAACAGCGAAAACAAUCGAGUAUAGGUUAAGAUAUAUGAACAAACUUUUGGAAUUAAAUAUUGAAACAAAUAUGAAUCAAAAAUAUUUUUUAUCAACGAUGCCAGAACCUUUUACUGCUCUUCAUAAUCCGAAUCAUAUGUUGAGUAAAGUCGAUUUUUUUGAAAAGUCUUUAUCAAGAAUUAUCAAUUAUUUAGAGCUGCAGUUACUUGAAUCCGAAUCGAAAUAUUUGACGUAUGGAUGCUGUGAAGCAUUAUCAAUUUUAUCCAACGAAUAUUUGACAACUAUAUACAAUCGAGCUUGGAAUUGUUUGAGCUAUGUUAAACGAAAUACUGGAUCGAAAACGUCAACAUUUCAACGAAAUAAUUCUCAGUAUAUUGAUACAUCUUUGUUAUCGAAUACAGCAACAACAACAACAGCGAGUGAUACAACUAACUCGAACUCUAACUCGUGCUCUUCUGGACUUUUAAACAUAUGUGUGGCUUUAAUGACUACUUCAACACUUAGUGAGGAUAUUUCUUGCCAACAAUGGUUAUUAACUCUAGCUGGAAAUAUUUUUUCAGGUUUAUCCAUACAAAUUUUCAAAUCUGUGGAUACUUUAAAUUUGGAAUCAAAUCAAGGACGAAAGAAUUGGGAUAUAUACACGGAUACUACAUUUGGAUUAAUUGUGGAACAAUUGUUAACACAUGUAAUUAGAAUGUUGAAUAUUUUCACACACGUGAUAGAUGAAAACACACCAGUGUUACCAACACCAAAGACAGCUUUACCAUCACUUCCAAAUGCACCGACAUUGUCACCAAUGAAGCGUAAAUCAAAAGUUGAUACAAUUGAAAAAAAUAAACUUAUUUCACCAGCAAAAAUUUUAACUGGAGCUUCAACAAUGGAUAAAGAUGAGAAAUCUGAAAAGAAGUCUGAAACGAAUAGUAAAAUUAAUACGAUGGGAUAUUUUGUUAAUAAUCCUCAUUAUAUGAAAAUGUACGAAAUAUUAAAAACUGCGUAUGGCAAUUACAAGUUAACGCUGGAUGAAAGUGCAAGUGAAAAAUUUUUAAAACUACUACAAGUUGUAUUGUCAACUUUGUCACAAAUAUUAGAAAUGUGUACAAUACAAGAAUGUGGACGUAUUGCUGAAGAAAUAUUACAAUAUUUACAAUCUUGUGUUAAUUUUGAAGCAGCUGCUUCCAUACAAUGUGUGCAGCAACUGUUAAAGUGUUUGUUCGCUACUAAUCUAUGUUCACAGCUUGAACAAGUCAAUUUAUUACAUACACAGAAGAAGCGUCAUUUUAAUCACGUAUUGGGAUCUCACAGUGACGUAAACAGUUUCUAUUCAGCCGCAUUUCAACAUGCUUACACAAAAUUUACGGAUUGUUUAAACACAAUAGCAAUUAAUAAAAAAUUAGAUAAAGAUGAUUGUUCAGUGUUGGGUUAUAUGCGACGUAAAAGUGAACGUAAAUCAUCAUUAACGUUUAAAAGUUUAGCACGUUGUGCUGAUAAAGCCUCUUUAGCUAGUUACAUUCGAUUGUUUGAACCGAUGGUUAUAAAAUCUUUAAAGCAAUAUACAGUGACAAGUGAUGUCAAUUUACAAUGUCGUGUAUUACAAUUAUUAAGUCAACUGGUCCAAUUACGUGUCAACUAUUGUUUAUUAGAUUCAGAUCAAAUAUUUAUUGGUUUUGUUUUAAAACAGUUUGAGUUUAUUGAAGAAGGACAAAUUCCUAAUGCCGAUCAUUUAAUCCCAAAAAUAUUUAAUUUUCUGGUUCACUUAUCGUAUGAAAAUCAACAUUCAAAGAGUAUAAUAGUAAUUCCAAAAAUAAUCAACUUAUGUGAUGGUUUAAUGGCUAGCGGCCAAUCUCCAGUUACACAUUGUAUACCAGCAUUGAGACCAGUAAUCAUUGACGUGUUUUUAUUUCGUGGAACACACAGUAACAACACUACAACAGAAUUGAAGGAAUUAGAAACUACACGUGAUGUAUUAUUUAGCAUGUUACUACGUCUGGUUGAAUAUCAUGAUGUCUUGGAAAUGUUAACGCUUGUGAUUAGUGACAGCAGAUAUCACAAUGAUAAUGGAGAUCGAUGGAUUAAAUGGUCAAAACUUGUGGUUGAUUCAGUUGUGCCAAUGUUAACACAACGUCGUAUUCGAUUAGAUUCUCGUGAUGCUCAAAUUGCUUUGCAUUCAUUAUUAUGUGAAUUACAUCCGAAUGUUUAUAAAGCCAUGGAUCCAUUAUUGUUAGUUUUAUUUCAAGAACCACCUUAUAUGGAAAGUCCCAUGUCAGUGCAUCACCGAUGGUUGGGUGGUAUUUUGGCAAUAUUAUUAACACUAUCCAGUGUACGUGAAGAAGUGUUGUUGUUUAAAAUAAAUGACAUCCGUAUGGAUAUACCAAUACGUGCUGUGUACACAAAGUUAAUAGAAAAUUAUGAUCCAUUGAAUGUAACCAGUUCAGCACAAUCCAUACAUAAUAUACCAGAAGAAGAAAUAUUUGCACGUUUUAUGUUUCGUGUAUUCCAUAUUGCUAGUGAGAAAUGUCUACAAUGUUUAACUCAACAACUGCAACUGCAACUACACACUAAUAGUAAUCAUAGAAAUAAUCAAGACAAUACUAAUAAUAAUAAUAAUUAUAAUAAUACUCAAUAUCUAAUAGAACAAUUUUCAACUGUACUUUUAUUUUGUAUACAUAUGUUUGAAUCAGGUAGUCAUUGUAAAAUAGCACAUACUGCAAUGAAAUUGUUACACAAUCCGUCCACAGAUAAUUUGCAGAUACCAAUAGAUGAGACAAAUGAUAUAUUUUUAAAAUUAGCUACGUUCGUUCCAUUGUUAACAUUUCAUUGGUGUUAUAUUUUAACAUUAUUAGGAUAUAGUGAACAAAAAUAUUGGUCCAAAAUAUUACAAAAUCAAACAAUCAAUUCAUCCACAUCCAAUAAUAAUAAUAAUCAUUCAAAUGAUAAUAAUAAAAUAGAAAACGUUGAUUUUGAUAUCAAUGCUAGUACUACUAGCACUAGUACUAAACAUCAUAUAAAUUCUAUUAAUUUAGAAAUUGUACGGAUUGGUGGCAUCAUAUUAUAUAGUGAUUAUAUUUGUGAAAAUAUAACAGAUUGUGAGAAUUUAACUUGGUUUCUAGUCAAUCAUAUCGAGUCUGUGAUCAAACUUUCUAAUGAAUUUCCUGUUGCUGAAUUUGUGGCAGCAAUUCAUCGAAAUCAUGCAGCAAGUGGUUUAUUUGUACAAGCAGUAGCUACUAGAUGUCAACAAUUCAAUCAGGCGAGUUUUGUAAAUAAAUUAUUAAAAUGUUUGGAAAAUGUACAUCCAUCACAGUCGGGUCCGUUAUUAGUAUUCCUUGUACCUAAUUUAUUAAAUUGUAAAGCAUUGGCAUUGUCAAGAUUGAACGCUGGAUUAGCUAGUCGACGUACUGAACUAUUAUUAACCAUGACCAUUGAAGAAGUUACUAGUCAACUAUCUAAGGAAGAUCUAACUAUAAUCAUGGAAAUAUUACUACAACGAAAGUUAGCCAAAAAACAUGGAACUUUUGUCAGUUUAUUGAAUAAAUUAGCAUCGAAAUAUUAUGAUUUAUCGCCAUUGGAAUUAGAUCAAGGACGAACAGUGAAUCCAGAUUGUAUUAAAAAAAUAAAAACAGAUGGUGCUUGGUUUUAUUCACAAGUAAAAUUACGUUGUUGCCAAAGUUGUUAUCUUGGACCAGAAUCUGCAGAAUUAUUAAACAAACUAGCGUAUGAUGACAUUAUUUCAAUAAUGUCACAAAAAGAUUUUAAUAAACUGAUUUUAAAAGACUGCAUUUCAUUAUUAACUUUAAAUAUGAUGGAUAUGGUGGAGACGCGGGAACUUAAUCAUGAUACACCAUUAUUAAAAGCAUCUGUUGAAAUUCUUAUGAAGCAAGUUGUACAUUUUAAAAGUUUUAUGCCAAAGUCUCAUCAAGUUUACAACGUGAAUGGUUUUGAUAUGUCACCAACAGAAACAAAAUAUACAAAUCGAUUAAAUGAAUUAUUUUCGGAUUCAAUAUUUUGGCAAUCAUUUUUUGAAAUAGCUCCAAGUGUUACUGCAUAUUUAGAAUUAAUAGAAUUACAUCGAAAUAUUAAAAUACCAGAACAGAAUUAUGAAGAUCUAACUAAAUUUAGUGUACUUUGUUUAGAAAGUAUUACAUAUUUAAUAAAAUUAAAAAAUGAUUCAUGUGAUUCAUGUGAAUCUGAAUCAAUGAACAUUGAAUUGAAUUCUAUUGAAUCAGCAUUACAAUGUACAUCAGCGGUACUCAAACAAACCAAUUUAUGUAAUAUAUUAGCAUCCGAUGUACAUAUGACAUGGCUAUGUUCAUCAAUUAAUUCCAUAUACAUUCUAGUGAAUUAUUUUAAUCAAAAUAAUGAACCACUUCCAACAUUAUCCAAAUUUGGUCUAAUCAAAACAUUUCAAAAUCCACAAACACAAUCAUCAGCAAAUGCAUGUUAUCAAUUAUCAAUAUUGAUUGCUUGGUUAGAAAAAUUACAAAAGAAAUUUAAACCAAACAUUCCACAAUCUAUUUUUAUAUUAAUUCGAAGUAUUAUUGUAUCCUUAUCACGAUUGCCACUUGUUAAUUCGUAUGUGCUUACACCACCGGAUGUGUGGGAACAUAUGUGGCAAGUGGAAUUAUUAGGUCCGUAUAAUACACAAGUUCCACCGUUGCCUAUUGAGUACCUUCAGGAAAUUGAAAUAUUAGAACAAUUUAUUUUUAGAGUAACGUUAUUGGGAUGGGUAAACCGACAUCAAUUUGAAGAAACAUGGAUGUGUUUGUUGAGUGUCUUAUCUGCUGAAUCGACUGAUGAAAAUCACCAUGCAGAUGAUCUUUCUGUGAUAAUUCAAGCGAAUUGUUUAGCUGUUCAAGCAAUUACAUCGUUAUUAAUGCAAACUUUGUUAAUACCAAUACCAGGUCAUCCGAAUGUAUCACAUUAUCUUCAUGUACCCCGUGAGAAGAAUUUGAGUCAAUCCAAGCUAAGUGUUAAAAAACUAAAAGCAGUUCAAAAUAAAUUAUAUUGGCGUUACAAACAUUGUUUUCAUUUGCCUGAUGCUGGUACGGAUGUCAAUCUAGAAAAUAUAUUUGAAAGGCCUAAUUUAGAUAGAGUCCAUCAAUCCAGUAAUAAAUAUUUAUGUGGUCAACUUUCAAUUGAAUAUUUAUGGACUGCUGCUAAUAUGCUACAAUCUACACCUGAUCCUAGUUCAAGAGCUGUUCAAAUGUUAAAUGAAAAAGAAAAGUGUUCCAAGGAUUCAGCUCUAGAUAUUCAUUCUUGUUUACAAUUUUUAUUAGAUUUAUAUUCACAAUGGAUUAAACCACAGUUUGGGACACCUUUACGCUUAUUAAAUGAAGUGGUUCGAUCCAUGUUGGCUAUAUCGGACUUAUUCACGGAAAAAUCACAAUUUCAAUGGAUGUUAGAUGUUUGUUUGGAAUUAUCAAAAACUCAUCCACCAGAAGAUGAAAUUUUACAUCAGUACAUUGUGCUUAGUGUUUGUAAAGCGGCAGCUGUUUUAACUCCGGAUUUAGAAGUAUAUGAAAUAAUAAAGCGAUUGAUUGAAAAUAGUUUAAAAAGUGGAUUUCUACCUGAACGCAUUGCGUGCUUACAUGGAUUGUUGUAUUUAUUACAAAGUAGUGUUAUGUCCAACACUGUCAUUGGUGGAAUGUCUGAUGAAAUGUUAUUAAUACAUCCAAUGGCCAUCGAUUAUAUUCAAUAUCAUAUUACUGUUAAUAAUGGAACACUUUACCAAAGUGAAGAUCAUCGACAAGUAAUGUGGGCGCUGGCGUUUUACUUACUGGAACAUGUCGAAGAACAAAUAGCCGACACAGAAAUUGUGCCUAAUGUUUUACAAGUUGUCAUGCUAUUAUUAUCACAAAAUUCUCAAUUAUCGAUGGCUUUACAUAAUACACUACUGCAGGGUUUGGAACGAUUAAUUGUUGCAAAAAGCAUAACAGGCAAUGUUGUGGAACAAGUAACUAAAUUAGCUGUUGAUCGCUUAAAACAUCCAAAUCCAGGUUUUGCAUUUCCUGCCUUACAAUUGUUAUUAGCUUGUAUGUACACAGAAGGUGAAAAUCAAAUAAAUGCACCAGAGAACGUUAAUGGUAUUGUUCAAAUGGAUCCAGAUCUAUUGGUCGAAGGAAUUGAAAAGAUCUCUGCAAUAUUUGAUCGUAUUAAAAAAGGCUAUCCAUUUGAAGCACAAAUAUUAUGUACAGUUUUACCACACGUCUUAAAUGAUUUCUUUCCACCGCCUGAGAUUUUAACCAAAGUGAUUGGUGAAUUUUUAUCACAGCAACAACCACAUCCUAGAUUGUUGAGUGAUGUAGUUUUUCAGAUAUUUGAAAGAGCAAGUGCCCAAAAUCAAUUAACAUUAUUACAAGAUUGGGUCGUAUUUAGUUUAUCAAAUUUUACACAAUGUCUACCAAUUGGAAUGGCAACAUGGUGUUUAAUAUGUUUUUUUAUAAGUGCAAGUACAAAUCAUUGGUUACGUGCAUUAUUUCCACACGUACAAUCACGCAUUGGUAAAUAUGAGUAUGAAGACCGUAAAAUGUUGUGUAUAUCUGGUGCAGACUUCUAUCGACAAUUAACUAGCGAUGUACAGAAAAAUAAAUUUAGAGAAACCUUUGAAUCUGUUGUUAAUACACCUGGAACACCUUUUAAAGAUUUAUUACUAUCAUUAUAAUAAAUUUU